AUGACGUCACGUUUUGGACGCCUUAAACAAAUUUACAUGGGAUUCAUUCCAAUCUAUCCUUUGGGUUACGUAAUUUUACAUGGUUUCCGUGGGGAUCAAAUAUGGGCAAAACCUUAUCUGGACAGAAGUUCCAUGGAGCCGAGUGGUCAUUUAAAAGAGCUUGUUGAACAGGAAAUCGACAAAAUGGAAAAGUUGAAAAAAUUUCAAGUGGUUCUCACGGAUGAAAUGGAGCCAAAAGUAUACGGUGCACUGUUCCUGAGUAGUGGAGCUGAGCUACAAUUCCCAUUGAGAAUGACAUUGGAUGACGUCGAAACGGCGCGACGCAUUGGUGCAAAUUUAGAAGUUGAUUUAGGAUUGAGCAAGCAUCGGCGAAAAGUUGAAGUAAACAGUGAAACAGGAGAUGAGCUCAUCGCCCGUCUUAUGCUUUCUGAUGCUGCUAAACACUUCAUUGUACAGAGACAACUUCAAAUUGCCAACAGCGGUGAAUACUUCUGUGCUCCUAUCCUAGCAUGGCUCGGGCUAUCGACAAUGGGAUAUGGUGUUUUAAAUACAACUGCAAUGAUAGUGGGACCGUAUAUAGCAACUGCAACUGCCGUUGUUUUCACUAUCGCAGCUUUUUCAGAAUUUUCGAGACGUUUUGAAAGUUUCAAAAUAACACAGGCGGAUCAAGAUACAAUAUCUAGAGGUGAUGAAUAUACGAUUGGAGCCAUAGAUUAUUUAGAAUCCACGAUGAAAUUGAAUAGGUUAUAUCGAAAGGUGAGUUAUAAUGACUUCCGGAUUAUUCGUCCAAGUUUCCAGGUGCUCGGAGAAGAAGGCGAGCGUAAAAUCGCAAGGAACGGUGAUCUUGUUGACGAUCUUGUGAAGCACUCCACACGAAUCAAAGAAAUUCGAAAACUUCGAAAACAGAUGAAACAGAAGCAGAGUAUACAUUCCGAAGAAUUGGAUGAUUGA